UUUAACAUUCCUAAAACAACACACCAAGAGGAACAGCAAAAUCUCUCUCACUCUGCAAAUCAUAGAGAGAGAACUUUUUUUUUUUUAUCUCUUUCACUCUCUUUCUCUCUCUAAACAUUCAAGCUUUAGCCUUCAACACAUCUAUAUUUAUAAAGAGAAAGAGAGGGGGAGAUAGUUCUUGUUUUAAGGAUUUGAAAUUAUUAUUAUUAUGGGGGAUGGGAAGAGAUUUGCUGUGCUUCUGUGUGCGGAGGAUUCCGAUUAUGUUAAGAAGAGGUACGGAGGAUAUUACGGGGUGUUCGUCGAAAUGCUGGCGGAGGAAGGCGAGGCGUGGGAAGUUUUUAAGGUGGCCAAUGGCGAGUUCCCUGACGAUGAUGAGAUCGCGAACUUUGACGGCUUCGUUAUAACCGGGAGUUGCAAUGAUGCGCAUGGGAACGAUGUUUGGAUCUGCAAAUUGAUUGCUCUUUUGAAAAAAUUGGAUUCCAUGAACAAAAAAGUUCUCGGGAUUUGCUUCGGUCAUCAGAUUCUCAGUCGAGCACUGGGAGGAAAAACAGGGCGAGCCAUCUCAGGGUGGGAUAUUGGAGUGACAGCCAUUCAUUUGUCAUCGUCUACAUCUACACUCUUCUCAUCUCUGAAUAUUCCGACGACUCUUUCGGUGAUUGAGUGCCACCAAGACGAGGUUCGAGAACUUCCACCAGAGGCAGAGGUGAUAGCAUGGUCCGAAAAAACUGGUGUCGAGAUGUUUAGGUAUGGGGAUCAUAUGAUGGGCAUACAAGGCCACCCUGAAUACACCAAAGACAUUCUUCUUCACCUGAUUGACCGUCUGAUGCAGCUCAGCUUUAUCGAAGAUUCAUAUGCUGAUGAGCUGAAAGCAAAUCUGGGGAAAGUAGAGCCUGAUAAGGAUGCAUGGAAGAAAUUGUGCACCAGUUUCCUCAAGGGUAGAUUAUGAUCGAACUUAUGAAAAUUUUCAAAAAAAUGGAUCGUAAAUAGGAACCCAUUUUUGAGAAGAAAGUUUUUUAAGAGUUUAGAUGGAAGUUUAGGGAGGUUGUGAUAGCACAGAUUUAUUAUAUGCUAAGACAACAAAACAAUGAAAUAGCUGUGCGUAGUUUGGAACUUGUGUUCUCCAGGUUUAAUAAAAUUUUCCAGGUUUUUUUUUUUUU